GCUGCGGUGUGCAGUCCCAGGCUCAGCUGCAACUGCUGAAAAGCAGCAUUGUGUGUGUGUGUUUGUUCCACCAGGACGCUGUUUGCUUCUCUCCUACCGGGACGCACAUUAAAGUGACAAGCAAGCAGACUUCCCUGACAGUUCCUUGGGCUUGGAUUUCUCCUUCUCCAGAGGUACCUGGACUGGAUCCAGAGGCCUAACUUGGAAGAGUGGAGAUGGCUACUAAGACCCUACAGAUGAUGGCAAAAGGUCCGUCGGUAGACCUGGCUCUGGAGCCACUGAUGAAGUGCAAGCUCUGCCUUUGUGACCACACUCUCGAUAAAAUGACCACUCUGAAUCAGUGCAGCUGUUGCUUCUGUACCACGUGCUUGACACAAUAUGUCGAACUGAUGAUCAGGGAAGGCUGUGGAUCUCCGGUCACUUGUCCAGAACUGGGAUGCCCGAAGAACGGUGUCUUUCAGGAUACAGAGAUUGCUCGUUUGGUUCCAGCUGACCUGCUUCAGUUGUACCAGCAACUGAAAUUUGAUCGAGAGAUCCACCUGGACCCCACCAGGACAAGGUGCCCCAAGGUUCUGUGCCAGGCUGUGUGCCAGAUUGAAGAGGGUGAUUCUCGCCAGGCUGCAUCAGUUCAAUGCCCGUCUUGUCACCUACAGUUUUGCUCCAUCUGCAAGGAGAGUUGGCAUGCAGGCCAAGCUUGUCAAGACAGCCAGCCCUUCAAGCCCUCAAAAGGAACUGAUGAUGGUGUUCUUAAUAACCAAGACACAGACGCUCCCAUCAAACAGUGUCCUGUAUGCCAUAUUUUCAUCGAACGAAACCAAGGCUGUGCCCAAAUGAUGUGCAAAAACUGCAAGCACACUUUUUGCUGGUACUGCCUUCACGAUUUGGACAAUGAUAUUUUCCUGAGGCAUUAUGACAAAGGACCAUGCCGCAAUAAACUUGGCCACUCCAGGGCUUCAGUCAUUUGGAACAGAACUCAGGUUGUAGGAAUCCUCUUUGGAAUAGGUCUGAUUGUACUGGUGACAUCCCCACUGCUGCUCCUGGCCUCUCCCUGCAUCCUGUGCUGCAUCUGCAAAUCGUGCAGGAGCAAGAGGAAACGCAACCGGCCGCCGUCGGCCUAAGCUGGGAAAUCUGCUGCCUGAUCCCGUCUUCCUCCGGCGCGCGGGGUUCCCCGCAACACCUGGUCGUUCUCUUGCAGACCGCUGGAUCAGUGCAAUGGAAGAACGUGCCAUGGGAGGGAUUAGUGGGGACGGAGGCAAAGGUUGCUUCCUGCAUAGUAACCGAUCCACGCAAGCACGACCAAAAAUGGAAUCGUGUAGCAGGCAACUGCAGAUGCUGGUUUACACCGAAGGUAAACACAACAUUCUGGAGUAACUCUGCGAGGCAGGCCGCAUCUCUGGAUAGAAGGAACGGGUGAAAUUUAGGGUCGAGGCCCAUCUUCAGUCUGAAGAGUGAGUGAAGAAGGGUCUCGACCCGAAACGACACCCACUCCUUCUAUCCAGAGAUGCUGCCUGUCUCGCUGAGUUACACUCCAGCAUUUUGUGUUUAUCUUCCAAAAAUGGAAUUAGUGGCUUUGUUUUGGCAACAUCAAUCAGACAGUCUUUAAAAUCCCAGCUUUUAUGGCCUCUGUUGCUUCAUAAUCUGAAGAUAUUUUUGCAUAUUUUCAGCUGGUUGUUAAAGGCUUUUUUUUUGUGAGCUUUUCACCAUCAGACCUAUUGUCCACUCAGCAGGUCUGUUGUUAUGUUUCGGGGUUGUGCAUUUAGGGACUGGGUAAGGUUUAGAAUUGCAAUUGGCCUAAUUCCCUGGAUACUGCAAUGUUUACGGGAGUAUCCUGUUAUUUUGUUUUGUUUUGGGUUCUACCUAGUAAUUAGCAGUCAUUUGACCUGACUUGAGAAAUAUCUCUUUAACCUGGGGUGCGGAGGCACAUGAUCUAAAGUCACCUUUGCUGCAGAAUGCUCGUUGGUUAAAAUGCCAGUGAAACCUAAAGUAGGUGCUAUGUGAAUGCAGGUUGUUGUGAAUUGAGAAUUCCUGUCCCUUCAUGCAGUCAACUCUAUUUCCCCCCCCCCCCCCCCCCCCCCCCCCCUCGCAACUGAAGCAUCACCUCCCUCUCAUCAUCCAAUUAUUCUCAUCUCUUUCUUCUGAAACCUCGACAUCCAGUUUGAAACCUGACCCACUUUUAACCGCGCCCACUCCCAUCAGUCACCCGGAAACCUUCCUGACCAACACCUGUACUUAUGUUAAGGAAGAAAUAUACUUUUUUUUCCUCUUCAAAAAUAAACGUGUCAGAUUACAGGUUGAAACGUGAUCUCUACUGUACUGUGCCAACAGUUGUGAGGGAGUCCACUGUUUAGAAUUAGUGUCACCUAGUUACUGACUUGUUUGCAACAGCAGACUUGUCAUCGUGAAGGUGAGAAUCUGAAGAGGGGAAAGCCCAAGAUGUAAAGAGAUAACAAACUUUAUUGGAACUUGCAAUACAUCCAUAAACACUCCAAUUAAUUCCACUAAUGGAGAUUUUGUGUGAGAGUGCACGUGCGUGCUCAGGCUUAGUCCCUUUGCACACACACACAUAUAUAUAUUAUAUAUGUGUGUGUAUCACGUGUGCACACGUAUGUCUGUGUGUGUGUAUAGAUGUAUUGCGUGUGUAAAGGGACUAAGACUAUAUAUCUCGUGUAUGUAUACUGUAUAUUCAGACAAAGUUUGAAUAAAUCAAAGUAUGUGCACGCGCAC